AGGCUGUUAUUUGUGUUCUGGACUUAACGGGCUGGGCUAGGCAGAUAGGAAGGACCGAAUAGCAAUCAAGACUGCUCGUACGUAUUUUCGGUAUCAUUGCACGUCCAUAUCAUUUUACGAGAUUGCAUACGUCAUAACAAUUGGCGACGGGUGAAAAAAAAUGGCUCUAACUUCCAACCAAUUUCAGUUGCUAAUCCAGCAACUAGAACAGCUCGUUAGAAAGAGUCAAUUGGAUUUCAUUGACAAAUUACACGCGAAGCUGCUGAAUCACCCAUGUUUUGGGGGUGAAACGGAAGUUGACGCAAUAAUUUCAAAAUUGCGUACGGAGCUGGAAAACGAUUACAGAACUAAUGAAUAUGCCGGCGAAAGCCUCAAUGAAUCCGUACAAAACAGUAAUUUAAAUGCAGCAGUAGCAGUCCUACAUGAUCAGCCCAGUAGUCCGGUACUGCCUGUUUCAGACACAUGCCCUAUACACGGUCCAAGUCCUAUUAACCCCGUAAACGGACGUGCAAACAGUGAUUCAACCUCUUUACAGAAAGACAAUGUUUUGCUAAAUGCCCAUGAAAUUGCUGCAGUACCCGCCCACGAAGAAACGGGGAACAAACCGAACAGUAUAGUGAAUACAGUGGCGCCAAAUGAAACUAAUCAUGAUGAAAAAAAUUUUUCUAAUGAAUCUAAUGAUCAAAAUUAUCUAAUUGUUCUGCCAGAUCCCGAUUAUUUCGCUGAUUCAUAUGUUCCUGUUCAAAUCUCUUAUAAAAAUGUGAGAAAAAUAUCGGAUGCAUUAAAUGAUAAUCAAGAAUCCAAUACAACUCUCAUAGAUGCUGAUUAUCCUAAUGUUUCAUUAUCUACUAAUGAGGUUCCGAGGAAAUUCAAGGGAACUAUUUCAGAAGAAUCAAAUGUUGGUGACCUCAAAUCAAAUGUCGUCGAUCCUCAUGAUCUCGUCAGUUCUAAUGGAUUCCCUGUUAAAUGUGUCAAACAUGACAAACAUAUCGAAAUAAUAGUAACUUGGUUAUAUGAGGAUCCAACAGUCUUUCGUGGGGGAGGGGGAAUUCGAGAAAUUUAAAAUCCGGAUAUGAACUCCGGAUUUCUCAAAAAGGGGAGGUGUUAUAUCCCCUGGUGAAUGAUGAAUGGUAAAUCUGAGGUCUAUUAUGGACAAAUGUAAUAUGUCUAUUUCCUAUUGUAUAGUUGUUAAAUAACUGACCUAACCGUAUUCGUGUUCCUCUUAUCAU